UCCGCUUUCGGUCAGCGCCUCCUCUCCGGGCCGCCGCCGCCGCCAAGAUGGUGAACGUGCCGAAAACCCGCCGGACCUACUGCAAGAAAUGCGGCAAGCACCAGCCGCACAAGGUCACGCAGUACAAGAAGGGGAAGGACUCGCUCUACGCGCAGGGAAAAAGGCGCUAUGAUCGGAAGCAGAGUGGGUAUGGGGGCCAGACAAAGCCCAUCUUCCGUAAAAAGGCCAAGACCACCAAGAAGAUUGUGCUGAGGCUGGAAUGUGUGGAGCCCAACUGCAGGUCCAAGAGGAUGCUGGCAAUUAAGAGGUGCAAGCACUUUGAGCUGGGAGGAGACAAGAAGAGAAAGGGCCAGGUGAUCCAGUUCUGAGCAUCAUCCUACUCAUCAUUACGGACCAUAUUAAAGUAAUUAGAUUGA